GGUGUUCAGAUGGUAGUACGAAAAAUAAGCGAGUGGGGAUUUUGGCUGCACGAUUCUCUAAUGUGUGAAAGAGAAGGAAGAUUUUGGCGAAAAAGGAGAGAAAUAAGAGUAAGGUAAUUGGGAGAAGAUUGAGUAAAAGCGAGAAAAGCGAGUAGGACUUGUAGCCCUCUAGUGACGACGCAGUUAGAGUCGUCACAAGCGUGCAUCAACUGGGCAUGUAAAUUAUAGAAUUUUGAAGUUUCGAUAUAUAUAUAUUUUUUUACCUCACCAUACAUUGACAAAUGAAUCGAAAAUUAAUUUCCUCUUUUCGAAAAUACCGUGUGACCAAAGGCUAACAAAUGAUCGCUAAACGUAUGCGCAAAUGAUGAAUUAUUUGAAUAAUUCAAUAGUCGGAGGAGUGACUAGUGAUUCUGGCCUCCAGUUAAACAAUGUUGAAAUAUUGUACUCUAAAGUACAAAGAGUUUAUCUUAAACCGCAACACAAAGAAGAACGUCAACGAGAACUUAGAGUUAAUGUGGAAAUCCAUGCCGGUAUCAGUCCUGUUUGUCGUAAGAGUUUAUGUGUUUUGUUGGCAGAUGAUGAUGAUCCCUGCUUUUUGUACUCAUUAUUUAUAACAGAAGAGGAUUUUAAAGUAUUAAAAUCUCAGCAGGGAUUGUUAGUAGACUUUGAUAACUUUGCAACUCAAUUAAUAUGUUUGUUAGAACAAUGUCAAAUGCCAUCAGUAAAUUUAUCAAAAUCUCCACCAAAAUUUUUAUUGUUAUUGGCAGAAGAAAAUGGAGAAUGGAUAUUAAAACUGGUUGAAACGAAUAAUUUUAAACAUUUAUGUCAUUUAAGUCUGAAUAUAUCACCUGCAAGUGAUACUGAUUUAAAAACUCAUAUGGCCAUGAAGAUUAAACAAUUAAAAGAAAAUAUUCUGCAACAAAGUAGAAAUACAGUUACGCUUGAAGCUAGAUUAACUGAUUUGACAAAUAAAGUAGAGACAAAAACAAAACUAUUGGAACAAUUAGAACAGAAGUAUAUGGCAGAAAAAAGUCAAAUGCAAUUAUCUUCAUCUGAACAAAUAAGUUUAGAAAAAGAUAGAUUUGCUAAAGCUCGAUUAGAUUGGCAAUGUCAAAAUGAGAAAGAAAAGGUAGAAGUAGAACGUAGACACACAGAAAUUGUAAAAGAAUUGCAUACAGAGAUUGCAGAAUUACGUACACAAAAUUUAACAUACAAAGACAAGUUAUCCCUUCUUGAAGCAACAAAUAUGGAACAAACAAAGCAGUUGCAAAAUCUUGAAAAAGACCUUAAUGUGGCACAAAGAGAUUUAAAUCUAUUAAAGAAACAAAAUUCUAAAUUAGAUACAGAUUAUCAUGAAAAAGAUAAAUCUGUGAAUAGCUUGAGAACUAAAGUUGCUGUACUUGAACAAGAACUGAAAGACAAAGGUAUACUCAUUAGUAAACAUACAGAAAUGCUGAAAACUGCGAAGGAACAGAAACAACAAUUUGAAGAUCUCUUAGCUGAUAAAGAAGGACAGUUACAGCGAAAACAAAAUUCCUUACGAAAUUUAAGUGAUGAAUUAGUUAAAGCUAAUGAAAUAUUGACAAAAUUACAAAAUGAACUUGCUUCUACUAAAUCUAAAUUAAAACUAAGAACUAGUAUAGCACUUGAGCAAGAACGGUUAUUAGAUACUAAACAGAAAGAGGUUGGCCAAUUAGAAAAUAAAAUGGAGACCUUGGUUAAAGAAACAAAAGAUGCGAGAACAGAGGUGGAAAAUUUAAAAGAGCAACUUAAAAUUCAACAAAACCAAUUAGAAGAGAAAGAAAAAAUAAUAAAAAAUAAUGAUAAUGUGAUUAGUUGGUUAAAUCGACGAUUAGCAGACAGUCAGUCUCCACUACAAAAUGCUACUGUAACAGCUCCAAUUACUGUACCUUCUUCAGUUCAGUUGACAUUACCAAGAACAAAUAAAUUAAUUACAAGUAAAUUUGAAACACGUACACCUGCACUUAGUACAAUACAAUCAAAUAUGCUAUCUGGGCUACCAAUGAGAAAUCCAAUUGUGCAGAAUCCAAAUAUCAAUCAGACAACACGCAUGACCGCGCGAUCUAUGGGUGUUGGUAUUACUGAUAGUACAAUGGGCAUAUCAUCAUUUAAUAAAAGUGGCCAAAUAUCAAGUACCAGUACUCCUAUGGAACGGAUUAAUUCUUUAAAUAAGUUAUCCGGAAAUAUCGCUGGUUCUUCUUCAAUGCCAGCUGUUAUAGAAAAUAAUAACUCAUCUGUACCAUCAAAUGGUACGAAAGCAAAAAGUUCAAGUGCUGGUUUACAGGGUGGAUUAAGAAAAGCUGGUUUAUCUGACAAACCAAUUUUGCCAUCUGCAUAUUUUCCCAAAACUUUACAUUAAUCAAAAACAUAAGCAGCAUUGCGAAUGUAUACAUAAAAUAUUAAUAUACAAACAUCAAACUUGUGUUAUUGUCAUGAAAAAGAAUGUUGUAGAUGCAAACAGCAUUCGAAUUAAAUUAACAAUAUUUCAAAUUUGAUGGUAAAAAACAGUACAAAAUAGUUACUCAAUUAAUAAGUAUUAUUAAAUGGGUUUAGAUUCCAGUUUAAAAAAUAUUGUUAUAAAUUUAUGUAUAUCUAUAAGAAAACAACAGGUAUACUUAUUUUCUUACACUACAAUAAGAAUGUUAAGAAAUGUAUCUAUAUAAUUGUGAGGAACAUGUCUAUAUAAGUAAUUACCAUUUACAAUGGAAAAUAAUAACAUAAUCUUUUGAAUUUUUGCACAUAACGUGUAGUACCUGUGCUUAUAUUAAGUACUAACAUUUCGGAAAGAAUCAUCACAAAGUGAUAGACAUACGAACAUUAUUAUAAGAUAACUGUAUUCUGUAUACAAUAAUUAUACAUGACAUUUUUCAAAAUUUAUUACUUUUGAGAUUGCUCUUCAUACAGAUUGCAUAUAAAUCUUUUAUUGCAUAGUAUGUAUUUCGAAAUAUAAUGUAACAAAGUGCCAAUAAUGACUCAAUCAACAUUGCAACUCUUUUCUAAAUUAACACACAUCUCAUUGCUCACAACAUCGUUAUAGAUUAUAAAAUCAUAAUUUUAUUUUAUGAGAAGGUACCUGGAAAAAUCUUAAACAGGCGCUGAAGACUAUGUAAAUAUUAUUUUUUAUAAAUGUUUUAAGAGCAUGAAGCAUCGAACAGUAAUGUAAUAAUCGACAGUAUUAAAUAGUUGGUAUUAAGAGAAUCAAUGUGCCUUAUAAUACAAGUUAGAUUAGAAAAGUGCAUUCUAUUACAUUUAAAAUUUUCAUGACACUCUUAGAGUUAAUGUAUAUUUUUUUACCAACAACAUACUAAAACUUUAUAAUUUUGAAUAAGUUGAUAUAAAUAUUACAAAUUAAUAAAUAUAAUAUAAUGUAUUUAUGUCGUACAAGAUGUUUUUUAAAGUGUAUUGUAUUUUGCCAGUCUUACUAUGGUAUUUUACAUUUGUAGCAUUUUAAUUUAGAAUUAUUUAUUAAUCAAAUCAAAAUCGUAGUACAAAUGAAAUUACUAAACGAUAAAUUUUAAAAACUAUGUGGCUUAAAAAGAUGUAAAGGAAUAUGUAAAUAUAUUAAAAAUACGCUACUUUUAUUAUGAAUAAACGAGAUGUAUUGUUUAAGAAUCUCCUUAUAGUGUAUCUUACAGAUGUGUUUAACACGAAUUAUUUCUAGUCUGUAAGGUACUUUAUGUAUAUUCAUUUGGUUCAGUAACACAAUGAUGUAUUGUAUUAUGAAAAAAAACACAUUUUGCAUAUACUGGUUACCAUUUAAUAAUAUACCUGAUAAAAAUAUACACUGUAAAACAAUAUGCAAAAUAUUUGUAUUAACAAAGUUUGAUUAAUAAACAAAAUAUUGUCCUAGCAUAAUGAAAGUCGGUAUAUACAGAUUCGAAUUUUUAUUUACAAUUUAGUACAUUACAACCAAUAGGUUUAAUAUAUAUACAUGCAUGAUAUGAGACUAUUGUUUAUAAAGUAUAGUAAUUUUUUACAUUUCAUAAAUAUAAUAGUAUUGAGCAUGGAAAAUACAAAAUGAUUUCGCAAAUGUAUAAUUAAUGUAUUUUGCUACUUUUUGUACAUAAUAUUUGAAUAGCAUAUAUAUUACAUUAGUACUGUGUACACAUUCUAACAUCGAAUUAUCCUAAAAAUAAAAAGCUAUUCCUACAAUAAGUAGAAACUGAAGAAAUAGACCUGUAACACAUUCCUUAUGUUAUGUUCAUAAGUGUUAUUUGUUUUAAAUAUAGUAAUAAACAAAAUAUAAUGGAAGCAAGUUUUCGAAAUAUAUAAAAAAAUUUAGUGAAGUUAUAAAUUAAGCAAAAUAUAGAAAAAAUAUUUUAAAAAAUUAUUAUUUGAAUAAUUCAAAAAGUUCUUCAUAUAUCUCUUAUUGAUUAUACACAUAUAUACAGGCUUUUUCAUAACAUGAGGGGCCUGCUUCAAUGAUAAUCUCAGUCACAAAAGUAAUUACGAAAGUGUAUAUAAAUAUUUACAUUGUUUAACAAUGUUUUCAAGUUAUAAUUAUUAUUAUAAUCUUAAGACAUGAAAUUGUUAACGUUUAUAGGAAGUGUACAAGCCAGUAGUUACCCAUUCCUAGAUUCCCCUAAUAUUAAAAAAUUCUUUACAAAGAAAAAAAUUAUAAAGGCGUUUAUAGAAAUUAUUCCAUAGAAGUUGGUAGUUUACUUUACUAAUACAAAUUUUUCAAAUAACUAUGGCAAUAACGCGGGAAUAAAGUCAACUAUACUACACAUUUAUGUGACUUAUUCCAUUGCUUUUUUGUUCUCAAUCUGUUCAAUAUUAAAGUAGAUCCUUCAUGUUAUAAAAUAUUCUGUAGAUGUUUACACAUUACAGAUGUAAAAUACUUGUUAUUAAACCUCUUAAAAUAAAUUUUGAUAAAAUUAGAAUCGAAUUAUAUAAUUAUUUUAUAAAAAAAGAUCAAUACUGUAUACAUUUUUAAAAUAGAAAUAUGUACAUCAUUGCGAAUUUUAUUUAUUCAUUUGCAUCCAUUGUUAAUGCGCCAUCCAUUGGUAAAUCUGUACAACCUACAUCUAAAAGCGGUAGGUCUAUUCGUUUGCGCCUACGUUCACAUUUAGGACAUGGCUUAUGUGCAUUUAAGCAGUCUGCAUGAAAUACUGCAUUGCAGGCUCCACACUAAAAUCGUGUAAGGUAUAAUUAAUUAAUAGAUAAUUGGUAAUA